CCCCAUUCAAGCCACCGCCCAAUGUCUGGAUACACUCAAAUCCAGCCCGACUCCAUAGAGCCUGACUCGCCGCAGCUCGCCCAGCCCAAUGAAACAACCUCCGGCAGCAUCCAGGAGCCACAGACCACGACGUCAAAACCAGCUGGCAGCGGUGGGCUUCGCCAGGUCAGUUUUUAUAGCCGUUUUUUCGACAUUAGUACCGAGGAAUUCCUCGGCAAGAUUGUGUUGGCCAUGAAUCCUUUCAACAACGCGUCCGUAGUCCUGACGCAGGCAGAAGACGGACCCACAGAGCUAUACGGGUUUUUAUGGAUCAACGCCACUGUUGUGGUUCUUAUGUUUGUUUCGGCCACAGGGUCCAACUUGCUUGCGGAAUGGCUUCAUGCCUCCAAAGACACGGAAAAAUACAACUACAACUUCCAGCUCCUCACGCUUUCGAUCUCUGUUUUUUACGGGUACACGGCUCUUGUGCCCACGGCAUUGUAUGUGAUCACCCGGUGGGCUUUGACGUUUCCACACUGCCUCCCAUUGACCAGGCUAGUGUCUAUUUAUAGCUACGCCAAUGUGCUCUGGAUCCCCACAACCGCAGCCAACAUGAUCUUGGCCGUCUUCAUCAGCAAAUCCACGCAUCACGUGAUCUUGAACGUCGCCCAGUGGGCCUUGGUGGCCGCCAGCGCCCUCCUCUCGGGGCUCAGCAUAGCAUUGAAAGUGCGCCCAAUCCUUAUACACGGGAUUUCUGAAUCCGGCAGGGCCGAGGAAAACACAGUGCAGAACCAGCACCGAUUUUUGCUUAUAUCGCUCGUAUUGGCACAUUUGGCCUUUGCCGUGGUGAUCAAAUUCCUGUUUUUCGGGAUUGCUUAGGGGCGUGUUCCCUGGGUCUAUGGGAGGGAGGGUCUACCGGAAAACGGUUCUCGCUAAUAUCUAAUUUAAUAAGAUAUUGCAAUAUGUGUGGGCUGAAAGAUGUAGUAGUUUGUUCAUGGGGCUAUAUACGGAAUGAUUGGCAAAAGACACGUUCGUCAUUGCUGCCGGUAUUGAGCCAAAGUAUAUACGUAAACUCCGCGCCGUUUAUGCUGAUCACGUGUCACCGGAAGAAGACAUACGUAGUCAAACGUUCGCCACCGUUUUCGGCA